CCUCCAAAGUCCAAACCAAUCCAAGUUCAUCGAGAUGGAAGAAGCAUUGAAGAACCAAUAGUAAACCCUCCUUAUCAGCUAUCACUUUGAAAACCCGCAUUCGGCCAACACUAUACAAUACCAUAACCUUAUCUAUCGCAACCACCGCCCAAAUCACUCUCAUCCAACUUCAUCUCUCUCUUCCCCCAGUUGCCGGAUCUGAAUCACACCUUCACUCUUGCGAUUUAAUUACUGAGUAGUUGAGGAUGGCUCCUUUUGCUUUUGCAACAUUGCCCUCUUCUCACAUCUGCCGCCUCCCAAAGCCCACAAACUUGAAGUUUCGAGUUCGCUGCUCUACUGCCGCGUCUUCUCCUUCUUCGGUUUCCACUAGAUCAAAAGCUGCUGGCUUUGAUUUGAAGACAUACUGGGCCAACCUAAUGGUGCAGAUCAAUCAGAAGCUGGACGAAGCUAUCCCGGUUCAGUUUCCUCCGCAGAUAUAUGAAGCUAUGAGGUAUUCAGUCCUUGCCAAAGGUGCCAAGCGAGCCCCACCUGUUAUGUGCAUCUCUGCCUGUGAACUCUUUGGUGGCAGCCGCCUUGCCGCCUUUCCCACUGCCUGUGCCCUUGAAAUGGUUCAUGCAGCUUCAUUGAUACACGAUGAUCUUCCCUGCAUGGAUGACUCCCCCUCACGCCGUGGUCAGCCUUCAAACCAUACCAUCUAUGGUGUUGACAUGGCAAUUCUUGCGGGCGAUGCACUCUUUCCCCUUGGAUUUCGACACAUUGUUUCACAAACUCCAUCAGACCUUGUGCCUGAGUCGCACCUCCUUCGUGUGAUUGCCGAGAUAGCCCGCUCUGUAGGAUCCACUGGAAUGGCUGCAGGGCAGUUCCUGGACCUUGAAGGAGGACCCAAUGCAGUUGGAUUUAUACAAGAAAAAAAGUUUGGUGAAAUGGGGGAGUCUUCUGCAGUGUGUGGAGGAUUCUUGGCUGGAGCUGAAGAUGAUGAGAUAGAGAGACUGAGGAGGUAUGGGAGAGCUGUUGGGGUAUUGUAUGCAGUUGUGGAUGAUAUUAUAGAAGAGAGAUUGAAAGUUGAGGGAGAUGGUGACAGGAAAAACAAGGGUAAGAGUUAUGCAGAGGUUUAUGGAGUUGAAAAGGCAAUAGAAAAAGCUGAAGAGCUCAGAGCAAAGGCUAAAGAAGAAUUGGAUGGAUUUGAGAAGCAUGGGGAACGGGUCUUUCCUCUCUACAGUUUUGUGGAUUAUGCUUUUGAUAGAAGUUUCAGUGUUGAUGAUGCCAGUGGAUAACGGGUGGUUCUUGAUAUUUAUAUAUUUAUAGUUCUUUGAUUGAUCGACUGACUACUUGAUAAUCGAUCAUUGCAUUGCAUAGAGAACUUACACAGUUUAGAAAACGGUACUGCAAUUCUAUACAAUCAAAUGAAUCAUCCUCAGCAUUUAGACUUUA